AUGGCGCUCGUGAAUGGGCAUCUGCACUGGACGUUCGGGCAGCACUUGUACAGGUGGCACGCCGUGAGAGGUGGAGGGAAAAGCGAGGGGGAGGGGGAGGAUAGGAGGGGGCGGCAGCUGGGUGGAAGGGCAGGCGGAGAAAGGACAGAGAGUGGGGAAGAAAGACGCAGUGCAGAGGAGGUGGGGGGGCCUGGAAGGGAAGGAGUAGCAAGUGGUGGUGGAGCAGGAGUGGAGAGCGGUGGAGAGGGGUUGUGGGAGUGGGAGGUGGGUGACUGGCGCAGCAGCAGAGUGAUUCGCAUCAUGGCCCAUGACCCGGUGACUGGCUUGCAGUUCACCGACUUUCAGCUAUUGAGUCCCACUCUCGCCCCAAACACGGGAGAGCCCGUCACACCGGGCCCCAUGCUGCUGGCACGGCAGCCAGUGGUGCUGCUCACAUGCCCCCCAAACGCUCACUUCCUGCCACCAUCACAGCCCAAGAGCGCGGGAGCAGGAGUGGGAGAGGGAGAGGGAGAGCAGGUGGCAGCGUGGGUGGCGGGGGGUGAGAUUCGGGCCCUCGUCUUCUCCCUCCCGCCCAUCCUGAACGUGUCUGCCAUUGUAUAUCGCGAGCGGGAGCCAGGCGGCAUCCUGGGCGGCAUCCUGGGCGGCAUGUUUGGCGUGGGCGGCAAGGGGAGCAGCGUGCAAGGAGUGCGAGUGGAGCUUAGAGGGGAGAGCGGUGCAGAGGGGUUGAGAGAGGCCAGUAGCGCUGGUAGCAGCAUGGGGAGUGGAAAGGAGAUUGAAAUGGAGAUAGUAGAAGAAGUGGUUUUAACGAGGGAGGGACCGGAGGGUGAGGAGGAGCAGGGUCGGGAGGAAGCGGAGACGGGAGGGAAUGAAGAGGACGGAAAUCGCCGGCCGUCUCCGCUCUUCUGGGCGGCGUGGGACGCGUCGAGAUACGCUCGUCCGCCCUUCUCUCCCUCCUCCCGCCUGUGGCUUGCCGUCCGGGUUUCAUACCACACCCCUCCUCUUCCUCCUCCCCAUGAUGCUUCUGCUGCAUCUGCUGAAGAGACAUUGUUGGGUGCUGCAGCAGCUGCAGCAGCGAGGGGUGUAUCAAUAUACACGUCUCCUCCACAGCCCUUCACCGCAUUCAACUGCCCUGUACCAUUCCAGCACACGUGGCUGGAGCGCACCAUUAUGGGAACGGACUGGGAGGACCUCUGGGUGUUUGCUAUUGCCUCUCCUCUCCUCUUCCUCGCCCUCAUACUUCUUGGCUCUCGGGCCUUGUCAUACCUCAUCCCCCCUCCCUCUUCCCAGUUCUCUCCCUCCUUCUACUCCCCUCCCUCUUCUCACUCUUCUCACUCUUCUCACACCAAUCACGCCACUCAUGCGCCCUCCUCUCACUCUCCUUCCACCACUCCAGCCACAGUCAGACAACCCCCCCAUUCCACCUCCCACUUUACCUCCCCCUCUCCUUCUCCUCCACCCUACCACCCCCCCUCAACCUUUUCUUUACAAACCAUCUCCUCCUCUCUUCUCACUCUCGUAAAAUCCCUCCCCUCCGCUCUCCUCGCCCUCCUACGUCUCUUGUUACACAUCUUCCUCGCUGCUUCCUACACCUCCGCCUGGCCCCUCUCCCUGCUCCUCCUCCUCUACCUCUCCAUCUUCCCCUGGUUCUGGGCUCGCCCUCUCGGGCCGGCCUGCGCCGUCGGAUCUCUCUCGAUCUACGGCUGGGCUGUUCCCCCCUGCGAGCCCAUCCCCCCUCCCUCCUCCUCUUCCUCCUCCUCCUCCACCUCCUCCUUUCCGUCUCUCUCCAACUCUCCUCUCACAUCCAACCUCGCUGUUCCAGACAUAGUGACAACAGUGGAGCCCUUUCUGGUCUUUGUCACUCUCCCCGCGUUUCUCGUACUCCCCCUCCUCCUCUUUCUCCGAUCCGCCCUCCUCUCACCCUGCGGCCCACACACUCUCGUUGGCUGGGAGGGACAGGAGGAGGUGGCAGCAGAGGGACAUGAGGUGUGGGGGAGGGUCUUGGUGGGAGGGGAGGGGGACGAGGGGGCAGCAGUGGGGUAUGGGUUGUGGGUCGCCCAUCCGAGCAUGGCAGGUGGUGGUAGUGCUUGCACUCGUGGCUGCUGCGGCCCCUCUGCCCUUCCUCGUGUAUCUCCGGGUGAGUCUGAGUCGGUUUAUCGGGUUCUGUGGGGGAGGUUUGAGCUCUGCAGGGCAUGGCAGGUGGUGGCUGCGCUUGCACUCGUGGCUGCUGCUGCCCCUCUGCCCACCCUCGUGUACCUCCGGGUGAGUCUGAGUCGGUUUAUUGGGUUAUGUGGGAGAGGUUUGAGCUCUGCAGGUUCUGGGCAGGAGGGCAGGGGGGACAGGAGGCAGCAGUGA